AGAUAACCAGUACUCUACAGGGCUGCAGAAGCACAGUGAUCAAAACGCCAAUAUCCAGUUGAAGCAACGACAACUAGCUAUAGGUUACAUCUCAUCUGAAGACCCGCUUUCUGACACCCCAGAGUCAGAGGAAGAAACACCUGGGCCGGUCAUGGAGGAUUUGGACCAAAAGCAACCUCGAGUGGAAGACGAAGCUACACCAAGUCUGCAAGAUGGAUUGAGAUACACAAUCCCUGAUGAUAUAGCUCAUGAUAUGAAUCUACAGGAAAAGAAAAAAACAGAAGAAAAGGAGUUUCAGGAGCGAUUUGAGCUUGAAUACAGAAAGCGCCUCAGUCAUCUUGGAUUUGAGCCUAAUCAGAUUGACGCGAUGAUGGGCAAUCAGUCUACAGUGAAUCCCAACUCAGUCCCAGCUCCUCCACUACCGCCUGCUCGAGACUCCAGUGCACAGGAACCGCCUACGUAUCCCAUGGUACAUAGGAAAUAUCUCGAUUGGGAGACCUUGAGAUACUACGAUAUUCCAUAUCAAUACCACGACAAAGACCUAGAGUACAUUAUCAUAAUGCAAGAGCUCGAUGAAUUCGAGCUUGACGUUCUUUUUGAGCACACCAAACGCCUUCGUCAAGACCAAGCACCGCGGCAACUCCAAACCACUACGGCAAGUUCUGAUAAAAAAAGACCAGCUCAAAACAAAAAAAAAUCCAGACAAAAUUCACGAACCUCUGAUCCACGAAGCGGCAACUUCAACGGAGAGCCGAGUUGGACCAGAGUGAAGGCCAACAGGACCACUAGAAAAAGACCCAAGCCGAGCAAUCUCGCCAAACGCCAGGACUCUCAGAAAUCCAGCUACGAGCAUACCGCUCAGCGCAUCAAUCAAGAGUUACGUGUCCCACCCUUCCUAGCAUGGCCUACCACAUGCAAUGAUGAGAGAAACGAAGUUGGCUCCCAAUCCCGAAAUGAAGCUGCAUCUCGGAUGGACUCCAGUGGUGUACUGAUACAAAUCACCCUGCGUAUGAUUGACGAGCGAAUCUACCAACCCCAUCAAGACCUGAAAACAGGCUUUCGUGCCGCAUCUCUUAUUGUGUGGCAGAAAGGUAAUAACCAAACAACUAUUCUUGCGAACUCCAUUCCUAGGAAAAGGAUCAGUGAUAUUGAUGUCAAACUU